UAAAAAUAGCAAAGGGUAUUUCCACAAUUGAAUGGUUUUCCUGUGAAAGCACAAUUGGUUUUGUUUCUUAUGUCUACAAAAUAUUUGGAAAUAGAAAAUGAAAUAAGAAAAAGAAUGGAUAGAGAGGACAAGAGGAGGUACCUAAUUGUUGGUUCUGUGAUACUAGAAAUUGUUUCUCCACUACUGAGAAAGAAGCUAGAAGAUGGCUACACAAGUAAAGGAUUGGGCUGUUUGCAAGAUUUUGUUAACAGUCUUCCUGUCAAACACAUCCUAUUUCAUUUACGUCACAAAAAUAACAAAUGUUGUGUAGACACUGCUAAUUGUGUAAACCAGCAAUCCCUUCCACUUAAAUAUAACCAGUGGAAUCGUAUGUACACUGCAGGAUCAAAGAAACAUAACUGUCAUUGUAAAUAUACACCGAAACCUAUUUCCUUGAAAGAUCUUGACCUCACUCUGUUAAGUUUAAUCUUACUAAACUGCUGUAGCCUAUGAUCAGAUGAAGGAACUUUGAUUUGUGACCUCCGAGAAUUCAAGAACAACUAUCUCAGCCACAACACAGAUGGUGCUAUUUCUGAGACAGAAUACAACACCCUCUGGAGAGACUUGACAGCACAUGUUUUACAGCUGGACCAAAG